AUGUCACGAUUCUACAGAGUUAAAGAGGUAGGUAGACUUGUACUGUUGCUGAUCUUGGUCACUAGGGUGUUUGGUUCUAUCAAGGAGACACCGCAGCAGAUCGUUACCAAAUACAACAACUACAGGACCAUCUGUAUUGGACUUGGAUAUCAGAACCUAAGCUGUAAGGCCGACAACAAAGGAGCAAUUGCAUUUCAUUCGUCACUAAGCAGUGACUUGGAGAACAUGAGAAAGCAACAGACAGUGAUAUUUGACAACGUAACCUUGAAUGAAGGAAAAGGUUAUGAUAAAAAGACGGGUGUGUUUACCGCCCCUAUGGAAGGUGUAUAUACUUUCAGCUGGACAACCAUGUCAAAAGACAGUAAAUACUUUGUAAGUGAGAUCGUACUUGAUGGUAAGCCUAUUGCUUAUAAUUACACAGAUGGAAGGGGGCGCAGUGGUCAUAAUAUGUCAUCAACAAAUGCCAACAUCAAAUUGAGGAAAGGCGACAAAGUUUGGAUUAGAACACACAGAGACUGGGGUCAAUUUGCUAAUGGUGGAAAUUGGAGUAAUUUUUCAGGAAAUAAGCUAUAA